AUGGCUGAUCAAACGCCAAUGACGAAUAACGCAGAUCCAUCAUCAACGAAUUAUUCAUCACAGUCAACCCACCUACUGGGACUUCCUUGUGUGAAAUGCAGGGCAAGGCACAGGCGCUGUGAUCGCACUAGACCAGUCUGCCAGGCCUGUCAGAGUAUGGGCUUUGAAGCCGAAUGCAGAUAUCCUUCUGCAGACUUAGUGGUUGGAUCAAUCAUCCAACAUGAUUUCAGCCAUGCCCAGCAGACGCAGAUACCCCAGCAGCCUCCUGCGAAACGGCAAAAGAUAUCCGAACUUGGCUCUAGAGGUGCCGCUAAGGAAUCUGCGAUGGAAAAGGGUCAAAACACACCAUUUGGCACCGAUAUGCCCAGUGGAAGUAGACCGGCUCCACUGCGUAGCAUAUCUCCUACUCUGCCUCAAGAUGAAACGGAGCUCCGGUGCAACUUGACUACCGAAAUCAAUGUCCAGAGAAUGAAACAUCGCAAUAUUGCAGCAGGGCCUCUGCGCAACAUCGUCAAGCUACUCAUGAAAGCUAAGACCGAACGCCCAACCACUGAACCCACGAUUACUGGAUCGAGUGCCACACCAUUGAAUGAUAAGUGGCGUGAAGAAGAUGAUCUCAUGCAAAAUGCAACAGUCAAGCUGGAAAAGGGUGGCCGAUGCUCUCGUGCUCUUCUCAGCCGCUUUGAGAACUUCUUAUAUGGCCCAUUGAUGAGUCCCGAGGAGAAGAAGAUGCAAGAGCGUAUCAUAUGCGUUGAAGAGUGCUUGUCAAGUGCAUCGGCGGCUCCAACAUCCGAUCACAACUACCUGUUCCUCUAUCGCCUAAAAAGAAUCAUAUUUAACCCUGAUUCCUAUGGAUUGGACGAGAAAGACCCACGCAUCGGUUUCCUCUGCACCCAACUUCUUGCAGCCAUAGGGACCAACUCGAAGCUGAGUCCUUCAACCCGUAGGAAAUUUGCGGAGCUUUUAGACCCAGAUGGAGAGAUUGCCAACGUCAGCACCGGUAGUCCAGGUGCCAAAACAGAAACUCCGAUCUCAACAAGGAAGGUGCCAUCCAAGCCUACCUCUCCACGCGUGGCUUCCUCACCCACGCCAGAAACACCCUCAAGAACAACAACUCAUAAAGAAAACUCUAUGACCUCUCUGUCUCCUUCACCACCGCAUCCCCCUCCUUUCCCAUCCCUCUCUCUUUCAACCACCCAUCCUCCUCUUUUCCCCUCUCGCUCUUCAUCUUCACCCACACCACCUGUGGAACCCAUUGAUUUGACUGAGGACACCAUGUUGUCAUCCGUGCCUCUCAUCCGGCCCAAGAGGCGCGUUACUUCUGGUAGCCAGUUGUCGCAAUCCAACGACACUGCGUCGCCUUCCAUGGAACCGGCGUCCAAGAAACGUCCUGCACCUGGCCGCCAUUUGGUGAACAUUAACAACAUUGUCACUUCGGCUUCUAGGUAUGUUGCUUCUGACAGCCAGCCGUUCAGCCCCGAUGCCGCAAAGAAACUCUGGAACAUCUUCGUUAGGAAUGAGGCUCCUAUCCUGCCCAUCCUCAAUCUCGAACAACUCAAAGUUGAUUUCGCCGUGGCCGUGAACCAUGGGAAGGUCGGACCCACAGUCCUUGACCCAACUUUCGGGCUUUGCAUUGCAAUUGCCUGCCACCUGACUAGUGAUAAGGGUCUCUGGGAAGGCAGCCGCAAAUGGUACGAUGCAGCUCUAUCUAACAUCGGUGAUCCCUUCAAAUCUCGACCUUCGUUUCAAUCGUUACAUCACCAAAUCCUCCAAGUCCACUAUCUCCAUAUGGUCGGGCACCUGAAAAUGGCUUGGGAUAUCUUAUCUAUGGCUAUUGGCAGAGCGCAGUCUCUUCGGAUGCAAACUAUGCAUGGUGGUUCUCUCGCCGUGGACGAAGAAUCGUUGGAGCAGGUUCGGCUGGUAUGGCAGUGUCUCUGGAUGAAAAAACUAUCUCUCACUCUCCAGCUUGGCGUUGUCGACCAAUCUCUCGACAGCUUUUACAACUCACCCAUGCCGAUGCAGUCGCAUAUUACUGACAACAUGGGAGUACCUGGCGUUCGAACCGUGGCGCCAUGCCCCGCAACGCCUUCUUUUUUCAUUGCUUGUGCUUCCCUCUUUAAGUACACUGAUGAUUUGAUCACCGUUGAAAAUGAUCUACGUGUGACUCGCAUGGAAUGCCCGAUCAAAUGGCUUUCCAUUGUGGACCUGUCUGGCUUCCAGGAACUGAAUGAAAAACUCUCGAGCUGGAAGAACGGUCUGCCUAAAUGCCUGGAAUGGGCAGGCUCCGGCAUCGAUUUUACCAUGAAGAAAGACCUUGUUGCUCGCCGCAUGUGCCUCCUGGCUCAUGUGCGAUUUGUCUAUUUCCGACUUCGUCAAUACCGGCCUUUCUUCAUUUUGAGCCUGCGACUUUCCCAAAACUGCGCUUGUGAAACGAGCCCUCAUCUCACCGGGAGGGAUAUUGACUCGAUGGAUGCGUCUCCUGUCCUCGGCCUGGUGUACUACAGUGCAGUAAAAUGUUUGACUGCCGCCCAAGACAUUGUCAAGACUCUCAACGCAUCCUAUGCCAACACGAAAAAUGAGCAUGCUAAGUGUGAGCUGCUUGAAUAUCUUUACGCUGCUGCCCUGAUUUUGAUUGCUGCCCGGACAGUCCCGCUUCUGAUGAAUGGUACCGUGCGAGGUAUAUCUGGCACUACCAUUACGGCGAAGUCGCUCACGACGAUGAGCGAGGAGCUUAGGGGAAUUGACGUCUUGCUGCGCAACUAUCAAGAGAGUUGCGAACAAGCUCCAAAGCUUCAACAGAGAAUAGAACGUUCGCGUGCUGUGAUCGACCACAUCAGGUUGCAGUCCGUCUCAUGCGAGGGCAUGGUCACUGACAGCGAGAUCAAGUUCGAGCCAGUUGUCUGGGGUCGAAUCUAUGAUAGACUCGGCAUUGAGCUUCCGUUCGCGAUGUUCCUUGACCACCGUCGCCCCGAUGGCUCUGUAGUUUCAGGCCGCAGAAAGACCCUCGCCUGGCUGGAAAGCUUGCCGAUGGACCUCGCAAACUAG